GAUAAUCACAAACUGUACAAGCAGAAACUCGAGGAGCUAACCAAGCUCCAGGACGGGAUCUCCAGCUCCAUCGCACGGCAGAAGAAGCGGCUGAAGGAGCUCUCGCUGUCCCUUAAGAAAUGCAAAACCCACGUGAGCCCCGAACAGGAGGAGUCCAUCCGAGAGACCCAGAGCCUAAUAAAAGAGAGGCAGAAUGUUUUCUUUGAGAUGGAGGCCUAUCUGCCAAAGAAGAACGGGUUGUACCUGAGUCUGGUGCUUGGGAACGUGAACGUGACGUUGCUCAGCAAGCAGGCCAAGUUCGCUUAUAAAGACGAGUAUGAGAAGUUCAAGCUCUACCUCACCAUCAUCUUACUCAUCGUCUCCUUUUCUUGUCGGUUCCUCCUCAACUCCAGGGUCACAGACGCCGUCUUUAACUUCCUCCUGGUGUGGUACUACUGCACCCUCACCAUCCGGGAGAGCAUCCUCAUCAACAACGGAUCCAAAAUCAAAGGCUGGUGGGUUUUCCAUCACUACGUCUCCACCUUCCUCUCGGGGGUCAUGUUGACGUGGUAA